UAGCGAAGAGAAAUGGAUUUUAUGUUUCGUUUUUCCAGUUCGCUGUCACAACUUGAGUCCUUGUUUUUCGGCUCCCUUCAAACUCCUUCUGCAGUUCUUUUUCUCAUUGGCAAAGGAUAAAACCGGCACGUUUGGUUAGCACCGCUUGCUUUUGAACAUUUCUCUGUUGCAGUGAACAUUAACUCUUGAUUAUUACAAUGUGUGGUAUAUUUGCUUACCUCAAUUAUUUGGAGCCACGUACAAGGAAGGAAAUUCUAGAAUGCUUAAUCAAAGGCCUACAACGUUUGGAAUACAGAGGCUACGAUUCUGCUGGUGUCGCUGUUGAUGGAGAUGCAAAUGGAAAUUCCAUUCAGAUUAUUCGAAGAAGUGGUAAAGUGAAAAUGUUGGAAAAUGAAAUUUUCAAUUCCAAAGACAUUGAUUUUGAUCAAACGUUUGAUGUGCAUGUUGGUAUCAGCCAUACAAGAUGGGCUACCCAUGGUGCACCUAGUGCAUUGAAUAGCCAUCCACAAAGAUCUGAUCCGACUAAUGAAUUUGUUGUAGUACACAAUGGCAUCAUCACUAAUUACAAAGAUGUUCAGAAAUUUUUGGUAAAUCAUGGAUUUGAAUUUGAAUCCCAAACAGAUACUGAAGUUAUUUCUAAACUUAUCAAGCAUAUUCACACUAACAAUCCUCAUUUAUCAUUUAGAGAACUUGUUGAACAAGUUAUUCAACAGCUGGAAGGUGCAUUUGCCUUGGUUUUCAAAAGCAAGAUGUAUCCAAAUGAAUGCAUUGCAACCAGACGUGGUAGUCCUCUUCUUGUCGGGAUCAAAAGUAAAACACACUUGAACACGGAUUAUAUACCAGUCUUGUACAGUAAGGAAUUGGAAAAGCAGAACAAACAAGAUGGCAAUGAGGGAUCAGAUUUACGUUCUCCACAUCAACCUGCUGGUACAGUUCAAGCUCAGGGAAUGCAUCGCUCUGACUCAACCACAGAGUUUCAUCCUAUUGGCGAGGACAAACAAGUUGAAUAUUUCUUCGCUUCAGAUGCAAGUGCUGUGAUCGAACAUACAAAUCGGGUAAUAUUUUUGGAAGAUGAUGAUGUGGCAGCAGUAAAAGAUGGAAAUCUGACUAUUCACCGAGUAAAACGACUUCCUGAUGAAUCGCUGUCCCGAGAAAUUAUUACUCUGAAGAUGGCAAUUCAAGAAAUCAUGAAAGGUAGUUAUAGUUCAUUCAUGCAAAAGGAAAUCUUUGAACAGCCUGAAUCAAUCAUAAAUACCAUGCGUGGAAGAGUCAAUUUGGCUGAGGAAACUGUUGUUCUCGGUGGCAUAAAGGAUUACAUCCCUGAAAUCAAGCGCUGUAGACGAUUGCUGCUUAUUGGUUGUGGUACCAGUUAUCAUAGUGCUGUUGCUACUCGACAAAUUUUAGAAGAGUUGACUGAGCUGCCGGUUAUGGUUGAGCUUGCAAGUGAUUUCUUGGAUCGUAAUACUCCCAUUUUUAGGGAUGAUGUCUGUUUUUUCAUAUCUCAAUCGGGUGAAACAGCUGAUACAUUGAUUGCUCUUCGUUACUGUAAAAAUCAUGGAGCUCUUAUUGUUGGUGUCACAAAUACUGUAGGAAGUAGCAUUUGUCGCGAGUCCCACUGUGGCAUCCACAUUAAUGCUGGUCCUGAAAUUGGAGUUGCCAGCACAAAGGCAUAUACCAGUCAGUUUUUGUCGCUAGUCAUGUUUGCUUUGGUUAUGUCUGAGGAUCGAAUUUCUAUGCAAUCAAGACGAAGUGAAAUCAUCAGAGGUUUAAAAGCUUUGCCCGAGUUAAUCAAAGAAGUUUUGAAUUUGGACUCUGAAGUUUUAAAACUAGCAGAAGAAAUGUAUCAUCAAAAGUCUGUUUUGGUUAUGGGGCGUGGGUACAAUCAUGCCACUUGCAUGGAAGGAGCAUUGAAAAUCAAAGAGCUUACCUAUAUGCACUCUGAAGGAAUCUUGGCUGGUGAAUUAAAGCAUGGACCUCUUGCACUUAUUGAUGAUGCUAUGCCUGUUAUUAUGAUAGUGACUAAAGAUCCAGUCUACUCAAAAUGCAUGAAUGCCUUGCAACAGGUUACUGCUCGAGGAGGUCGUCCUGUUCUCAUUUGUGAGAAAGGAGAUGUAGAGACUCAGAAGCAUGCAUUUAAAUAUCUAGAAAUUCCACAUUCGGUUGAUUGUCUCCAAGGUAUUCUCACUGUCAUUCCUUUGCAACUGCUGUCCUAUCAUAUUGCUGUUCUCAGAGAUUGUAAUGUUGAUUGUCCUCGAAACUUGGCCAAAUCAGUGACUGUUGAGUAGACAUUCCUGGGAAAAGCUGCCCAUCAGCAAUUUUUAUUCUAUUUCAUGAGCUUAGAAUUUCAAAAUUUGUAAAUUUGUUAAAUUUCACAUCCUCUAAAACCUGUUCAAUCUAUUUUUAUUUUAGACUUUUGUUUUUAACAGAUUUUAUUUUCAUGCAGCUCUUUCAAAUUUUUAAUCUCCCUGAACGCUUCUCUUUUAGAAAGGAACACAUUUUAUUUUUUGUAAUUGGUCUGUUUCUUUUAAAAUAAGGUGUUGGUGUGUAUUUAUUAAAACUGUCAUUUAGAAGAAGCAUUUAAUUUUUUAGAAUUCGACGUUUUGGGUAGAUAAAUUUUAUGAAAUGUUAAAACCACUGUGUACAGAUUUGAUACAAUAAAAUUUUUUUUAAGUA